AUGCCAAAGUCUCCAGUGCUGACCUCGAUUCACAUUUUCGAAUCUCCAACCAUCAUUUCGCAAGUGGAGUUGGUUCUUGUUUCCUUUUCGUGGGUUUGCAAAACAUUGACCGCUGCUGGGUUGGCACGACUCGACUUUUCCCUGACCGUUGCCGUCACAUACGAAGUUCUCGCCAAUGCCAUUAACGGCCUUGCCCACUGGCUGGUGAGUCACCUAGGCCCUGGCAAGGGAGAGGUUCUCACCUACGUGGGCCCUAAUGAUUUGCCAUACCCAGCUUUGAUUCUUGGGGCUGUGAAAGCGGGUUACUGCAAGGCACAUCUUCUUGACUUCGCCCCGGAUCAGCCCCGUGGCCCAUCAGUCCUUGUUACAGAAGCUCAGCUGCACCACGCUGAUUGCUCCGGUACCACGCCCUCCUGCCGCGGCAGCAAUCCUGAAGGCCGUCUCGCUCCAGGUUCUCGAUAUCCCGAAGAACUCGUAAGCAUCGAGUAUCCGCCCUUCGAAUUUUCGAAGACCUACCCGGAAGCGGCCCUCGAGCCACUGAUCAUAAUCCAUACCUCAAGGUCCACCGGAAUCCCCAAGCCCAUCACAUGGACCCACGAGACAGCUGUCAAACAUAUGCGGAUGCAAACUCUGGACCCUCCCCCGGGUUUUGAGACACAAAACCAAUGGGCCUUCGGCAAGAAAAUGUACAUGAUGCUGCCCCCCUUCCACGCUGGCGGAGUGGGGCAUCUCCUGUUCGUUACUCUGCCUGUAGGGAUCACGCUUGUGAUGCCAAUCUCUGGAAGCUUGCCUACCGCUGCCGGGAUGGUGGCAGCGCGCCAGCAGACGCCCUUCAGCUUCGCUUUCGUGACACCAUCGAUCGUCUCGGAGCUGGCGCAGACCCCAGAGCUACUGGACGAUGUCCGCACCCACUUGGAGUUCCUUGGUUACUGCGGCGGGGAUCUACCCCAGGCGAUCGGUGACACUGUGGCUGAGCGGAUCAAACUGGUGAGCAUCUAUGGUGCCACGGAGAUGGGACUGAUCUCCGCGAUUCACUCGACGACCGACCGAGAUCCGACCAAGGACUGGCGCUAUACGCGUUUCCACCCUCAUCUCGGGGUGCAGAUGCGCCACUUCUCGGGCGAGGAGCAUGAGCUGGUCAUGGUGCGUACCCCUGAGUACGAACGCCACCAGUUCCCUUUCAGUAUCUUCCCUGAUCGUCAGGAAUACCACACUUCCGACCUCUUCAUCCGUCAUCCGCAUCCGGCCAAGGCCGAUCUGUGGCGCACAACGUCACGUCUGGACGAUGUGAUUGUCUUUCUCAACGGCGAGAAGACGAACCCAAUCUCGAUGGAGCAGCAUAUCGUUGCCGCCAACCGGGAGGUGACUGGCUGCCUGGUCGCCGGUGCUCAACGCUUUCAAGCCGCGCUGAUCGUGGAGCUCGGGAAGGCAGAAGCAGCGCCGAGUGCCAGUGAGCGCGCGGCGAUGAUUGAGAAGCUCUGGCCAAGCAUUCAGGAGGCCAACAGCGCCUGUCCGGCUCACGCCCGCAUCACCAAGAGCCACAUUCUGUUUACCACCCCGAAGAAACCCAUGUUGCGCGCUGGGAAGGGUACCGUCCAACGUGCUGGUACAUUGAUGCUCUAUGCAUCGGAGCUGGAGACUCUCUACGCCGACGCUGAGAAGUUGGCGCAGGCGACCGGGGGCAUGUUGGCAGGGCCCGGUAGCGUAGAUGAUACUAGCCAGGUCGCCGAAUACAUUCGUACCUCUAUCCUGGCAAUCACGGGGUGGAGUGCAGAGAAGCUUUGCAAUGCAGAGAACUGGUUCACUCUUGGCUUAGACUCCCUGCAGACGAUCACAUUGACCCGAGAGCUGAAGCAUGGUCUCAAUCUACCUGCUCUCACGCCUAAUCUGAUUUACUUGCAUCCUUCCGUGACGGCGCUCACCCACGCGGUCGAAAAGCUGCAUCAGCAGGGUAGGGAGUCAAUGCAACUGCAGCAGGAGACUUUGCUUCAGGAGCGCGACCAGCUGCUGCAGAAGUUCACUAGCCAGAUCGAAUUGCCCGCAGAUUGCACUGUGCGGUCUGCGACCAGACCGUCGACACAGACGGUAGUUCUUACCGGCUCCACGGGCCAACUGGGCUCAUACAUCCUCCAUGCACUGCUUCGCAAUCCCUCUGUGGCACAUAUCCAUUGCCUCAACCGCAAUGAACACGCUCGAGAGAUACGGCACGAGCGCAUGGUGACGUAUGGUCUAACGCCCCUGGCUAACGACGAGUCUCGCCGCGGAGUCUCCAAGCAGCUACAGCAAACGACUACAUUGAUCAUCCACAACGCCUGGACGGUGAACUUCAGCCACUCCCUCGCGGUCUUCGAGCCCCAUCUCCAGGGUAACCGAGUCCGCCCUCACCCCGAGACUAUCAUAACAACCACCACCCCUGCCCCGAACGGCUACGCGAACAGCAAGUACAUCGCCGAGCAUCUGCUCGCCCACGCUGGGCAACAGAAAUUGCAGCAGCAAUUCCAGAACCAUAACGAGCGGGGACCCUCUUUCGCAUUUGCCCGCGUCGGCCAGGUAGCCGGUGUAGUGCGCUUUCCGGGCCUCUGGAACCCGGCAGAAUGGUUCCCAAGCCUUGUCCGGAGUUCGUGGCAUCUCAAAUUCCUUCCAGAUACAUUGGGUUCCGCAUUGAAUCGCAUCGACUGGGUCCCAAUCGAUCUUCUGGCCGAGGUCUUGGUCGACUUAGCCCUUCUCGGCGGAGCCCAAGGUGGGAAAAUGGCUGAUUCUGCGCGGGGGCAGGUGCAGGUUUACCAUCCUCUUAACCUUCACCCCAAGUCCUGGGAUAGGGUCCUCCCUGUUAUCGACGAGGAACUCGCGGCGCGGCGCGGUGUUACUGGACCUGAAGUAGUCCCACUGCGGGAGUGGGUGCAGCGGGUUCGUUUGGAUGUCGAGACCGCUGGACGCGGGGAGGGCCGUCAGAAGCUCGAUGAGAAGGAGUUACAGGUUCUUCUGGCGCGUAAUCCGGCGGCCAAACUGCUGGACUUAUUCGAGGGGCUGGUCGGACAGACUGAGUCGGAGAAUGCGUUGGAGACGGUGCGGACAGCUGAGAUCAGUCGACGACUGCAGGAGGUGGAGGGGGUGCAGCCGGAAUGGCUUCGGAAGUGGGUUGGGGAGUGGUUGGAUUAA